UGUGCAGCCGACGGCUGGUCUCAGACUCAUCGGAGAUGAGGAAGCAGAGGAGAUUCUUCAAGCGGUAAUCACUUUCAUCUUGCACAUGUCUGGUUGUAUAUACUGUCACUGAAGAUACACCGUUGAACAAGGGCUAGAAAUGAUCUUGUUGCAGGUCAGGGAUGUCGUCCACACCGAGAGCAGGUUUCAGUACAAUCCAAAGUGGAUCAACGUUCUUGAGGGAUCUCAAGAAGGAUCUUACAUAUGGGUAUCAUAGCAAACCACCAAUCGCAUAUAAAGAUGAGCAAUGGAUUCAUAUACACCUGCAUGCACCUUAUGAUUUUUGUACAUGGUAGGUUGCUCUGAACUAUCUGCUGGAUAGAUUAGGAGGGGAUUACUCGAAGACGAUAGGCGUGAUUGAUCUUGGAGGUGGGUCGGUGCAAAUGGCGUAUGCGGUCUCCAGUGAUGCUGCGGCGAAUGCUCCUGCUGUUCCCGACGGCAAAGACCCCUACAUCACAAAGGAAUACCUCAAGGGAAGAGACUACAACGUUUAUGUGCACAGGUUAUUGUCCUGACUCCUGAGUCCUGACUGACACACAUCUGUGUUGCAGUUUAGAAUUUCGAAAAUUAAAGAGAACAUAUGAAUGAGUGCAUACUUGUACUACGGCGGUUUGGCCGCUCGUGUGGAGAUCUUGAAGGCGAAGAAGCGGCCAUUUAGCUCCUGCAUACUCCGUGGAUUCAGUGGUACGUAUCUGUAACAGAAACAGAGGAUCACAGCCAUGCACCAUUUUCAGUUGGAUUUCCUGUUAACAAUGCAAGCUUGUUCCAUGAAGGUAAAUACACCUACAAUGGCGAGGACUACGACGCAUCAGCCUCGCCGGAAGGCGCGGCGUACGACAAGUGCAAGGAGGAGAUCGACAGGGCGCUGAAGCUGGACGCGCCCUGCGCGGCCAAGAAUUGCACCUUCGGCGGCGUGUGGAACGGCGGUGGCGGGGCCGGCCAGGACACCGUCUACGUCGCGUCCUUCUUCUACGGCAAGGCCACCCAGAUCGGGUGGGUCGACAUGGGCGCGCCCAGCGCCAAGUCCAGCCCGGCGGCGUUCCGGGCCGCCGCCGAGAAGCUGUGCCCGCUCAGCGUCCGGGAAGCGAAGGCCACGUACCCCGGCCUCCUCGACGUGCCCUACGCCUGCAUGGACCUCGUCUACGAGUACACCCUGCUCGUCGAUGGUUUUGGACUGGCGCCGGCCAAGGAGAUCACGCUGGUGGAGAAGGUGAAGCACGGGGAGUACUUGAUCAAGGCGACGUGGCCGCUGGGUGAAGCCAUCGAUGCCGUCGCGCCCAAGAAACGAGUUGCGCGAUUGCUACUCUAAUAAUCUGCCGGCUGUCGGCCGGUAGGAUCGAUUGUGUUGCGUUGUGUGCCGCUUAGUUAAUUGGUGUAACACGACAUGGUCUGUAUCGCUCGAUGGAUGUAUCGAUUCGCAACAAUAAUCUCCUGAUGAGAAGGUAAAGAGAGCUUUGCUCUUUCGCGGCAAAUUUGACGAGUAU